AUGGCUCACAAGACUCUGGGCUCUUCAGCCUCACACGUCAGCUGCCUGGACCUGUGGAGGGAAAAGAAUGACCAGCUAGUUCGACAGGCCAAGGUUGCUGAGAACUCAAGUCUGCCUCUGAGGCGACAGCAGUUGGCUCGGGAUGCACUGGAAGGGCUCAGGGGACUCCUCUGUAGUCUGCGGGGGCUCCCCGCGACUGUUUCUGUUCUCCCUUUGGAACUGACUGUCAUCUGCAACUUUAUUACCCUGAGGGCAAACCUGGCCCAGGGUUUCACUGAGGACCUGGCACAGGAUAUCCAGCAGGGCCUAGAGAGAGUGCUGGAGAUGCAGGGGCAGCCGGAAGCCAGGCCGGAACACGGGCUCAGGGGGCUGUGGGACUCCACCCUCCGUGUUUCCUCCCUCCUGCCGGAGCUGCUCCCUGCCCUUCACCACCUUGCCGGCCUGCAGGCUGCCCUCUGGCUGACCACGAACCGUCUUGGGGACCUGGCCUUGCUGCUGCAGACACUGACUGUUAGCCAGAUCAGGGCCUCUGAGGAUGUGCUGCUGCUUCUGAAAACUUGGAGACCCCCAGCUGAGGAGUCAGAUGCUCCGCUGACCCUGCAGGAUGCCCGAGGCUUGAGGGAUGUCCUUCUGACAGCAUUUGCCUAUCGUCAAGGCCUCCAGGAGCUGAUCACAGGGAGCUUGCCCAAGGCACUGAGCAGCCUGCAUGAAGCGGCCUCAGGUCUGUGCCCACGGUCUCUGUUGGUCCAGGUGUACACAGCCCUGGGAACCUGUCUUCGUAAGAUGGGCAGUCCGCAGAGAGCUCUGCUCUACUUGGUUGCAGCCCUGAAGGAGGGAUCAACCUGGGGUCCCCCGCUUCUGGAGGCCUCCAGGCUAUAUCAGCAACUGGGGAACACAGCAGCGGAGAUUGAGAGUCUGGAGCUGCUGGUUGAGGCUUUGAGUAUCACUCGUAUCCCUGAAGUCCAUCAGCUUCUUAUUGAGGUAGAGUUAUUACUCCCACAGCCUGACCCAGCCUCACCCCUUCACUGUGGCACACAGAGCCAGGCCAAGUACCUGCUAGCAAGCCGAUGCCUACAGACAGGAAGGGCAGGGGACGCUGCAGAACAUUACCUGGACCUGCUCGCCCUGUUGCUGGAUGGCUCAGAGCUAAAGUUCUCCCCACCACCUUGCCCCCCAGGGCCCUGUAUGCCUGAGUUGUUUUUGGAGGCAGCAGCAGCGUUGAUCCAGGCAAGCCGAGCCCAGGAUGCUUUGACAGUAUGUGAGGAGCUGCUUAGCCGCACAUCAUUUCUGCUUCCCAAGAGGCCUCGGCUGUGGGAAGAUGCCAGAAGAAGAACCAAAGAGUCACCACACUGCUCACCCUGGGUCUCUGCUACCCAUCUGCUUCAGGGCCAAGCUUGGGUGCAACUGGGGGCCCAAAAGGAGGCAAUUAGUGAAUAUAGCCGGUGUCUUGAGCUGCUCUUCCGGGCCACACCUAAGGAUGAAGAACAAGGGCCUGCUUCCAGCUGUGAGCAGGGGUGUACAUCAGAUAUGGCACUACAACAGCUUCGGACAGCUGCCCUGAUUAGUCGUGGACUGGAAUGGGUGGCCCUUGGCCAGGAUACCAAAGCCCUACAGGACUUCCUUCUCAGUGUGCAGAUGUGUCCAGGUAAUCAAGAUGCUUCCUAUCACCUGCUUCAGACUCUGAGGAGGCUGGAUCGGAGAGAUGAGGCCACUGCUCUCUGGCGGAGGCUGGAGGCCCAAACUGAGUUGCUACUGGAGAAUACUGCAUGGUCCCUCCCCCUGUACUUAGAAACCUGUUUGGGCUGGAUCCGUCCCCCUGACCGUGAAACCCUUCGUGAGGAAUUUCAGACAUCUGGAGACUUGUGA